CGAACACAGCUCCGUUGAUGGCGGUUUCUUCGUUCCCGGUUCUUUCUUCAUUGAGCGCCAGCGUUAGUAUCUCUCCGGAUGUUAGCUCGUUUUCGCUGAAUAUUCCACUCGUCAAUAUCUGUUCCAAACAGACCACUCAUCCGUCGUCUUCUAUUAUCGUUUGCUCCUACAAAUCUGGGAAUAAUGCGGUGACGGAGCGGAGGAAAAGGUUGUUGGAGCAAUAUGGACUUGAUCCUAACGAGUUUUUGUCUGAACCUUCCACUAAUCGAAGAAGAGAAAUGCGAAAAACCGGAGAAGGCAAGCAAAUUUCGGCCGAGGAUCCUAAACCUCAACGGCAGACACAUAAGUUACUUCAGGUGCUUGGAGGAAGUGCUCGGAGAAUGAAGCUACUCUCUCCAAAGGGCUUGGAUGUACGACCAAUGAUGGAAGUUGUGAAAGGUGCAGCUUUUGAUAUUUUGCAGGCUGCUGGUGGAUGUCCAGCAUCUUUAAGGCCUGGUCGUUGGUUAGACUUGUAUAGUGGUACCGGAUCAGUUGGUAUUGAAGCUAUGAGCCGUGGAUGUUCUGAGGUGCAUUUUGUCGAGAUGGAUCCAUGGGUUGUUUCUGAUGUUCUAAGGCCAAAUCUGGAAUCUACUGGGUUUUUUGAUGACUCAGUCAUCCACACCAUCCGGGUUGAGAAUUUUAUAGAUCGAGCUGAGCAACUUAUUGGUAACGACAGACCAUUUGAUUACAUUAGUGUUACCCCACCGUACACACAAGUGGAUUAUGGGGUACUUAUGGGGCAACUAUCAAAGUCAGCCUUAGUUGGAGAAGAUACCUUCAUUGUGGUUGAAUACCCAUUAAGGACAGACAUGCUGGAUUCCUGUGGAUGCCUUAUUAAGAUUACCGACCGACGGUUUGGUCGGACACACUUGGCAAUUUAUGGACCCAAGUGGGCUGAGAAGAAAAAAAAGGAAAAGAAAAAUUAAAAUUACUUGAUGAAGUUUCUAUGACUGCCAAGUGGUAUUAGCUGGUGACAUUGCUCGUCAACAAUUGCUAACAGCCUAAACUCAAGUGGUCGGGAGGCAACUUUAAAGAGCUGCAUGCUUUUUCAUCAAAAAACGUAAAAGAGUUGCAGGCUUUAAAGUAUUAUCAUCGUUCCAUUUUGUUGGUAACUAGGAAUUGAAGUAUCCAGAUGUUGGUACUACUUUUCUUGAUUCUAUUGGCAUUUUGCAAGUACAGGGUUCCCAACUAUUGCAGGUGAAGGCUAUGUAUGUAAUCUACAGCAACCUGCCACCCUGCGCAUUGCCUAGCUCUAGAAUUUAUAUUCAAGCUUCAUGAUGGCAAGACUUAAAGACGAAAAGGCAGAGAAUGUACCACCUUUUUCUUUGUUUUCCUUUCCUGGGGUCUAAAUUGAUGGGUACUAUGUACUUGAACUUGAACAGUUGCCAAGUAGGUUUUCCCUUAGUGUGCGAUAGUAUAACAUGUAGAAGAUUGUAUUGGAACUCAAAUAUCUUUUAAUUCUACGUUGGUUGAUUCCAGCAUUAAAGUGCCAGUA